GAUCAACAACCGUGGUGGUCGCAUUGUCAAGGGAGACAUGAUGGUCAUCAACAAAGAAAUGUUGCAGGUGUCUUCAGUUGAUCCAGCCAACACACGAGGCGGUGACGUCAUCUAUACACUGGUACCAUCUGUUGGCAACCCUAAACAAGGAGAAGUUAUCAUGGUGGUGCCCAUCCCAUCGACAGGAGCUGGCCGAGGUUGGCAGGAGCUUGGUGAUGGACUGAUGGCUGCCAAGAUGUACCGCUUUCUGCAGAGAGAUAUUGAUGAAGGGAGAAUCUACUACAGAAAUCUACGAACUGGAACCACAUCAGACAUAUUUACAUUUGAGGUUGCAGACACAUCGGUGCCACCCAACAUCCUGAAGGGACAGAGGUUCCAAAUUACUAUCAUGGAUGAAAGUAUUGUCGAGGAGCUGUCCGAGCCCACUCUUUCCCCGGGGGUUGAGCUUGGAAUGACGGUCCUGGAAAACCAGAUAGUUCCUAUCACAUCAGAAAACCUUGCAUAUGUAGACUCGGACACCAGUCCCGGUGACCUGAUUUAUCGUAUCACCACGCUUCUCGGGGAGGGAGAAGGAACAGUGGAAAAUGUGGAUCUACCUUUCCAGCCAGUUCUACGCUUUUCCCAAACAGACAUAGACUCCAACAAGAUCAUAUAUCGACCCCCAGACACAGAUAUUGGAAUGCAGGAAAAGGAUGUCAUCUUCAGUUUUGUUGUGACUGAUGGCGGCCGGGAGAGGAGGCUUCCCGAACAGAAGUUCACUAUCCGUAUAAUCCCCGUCAAUAACCUGUCUCCCCAGUUCCGUAUUGCCAACCCAGAGCUGACUGUUGCUCAGGGAGGAUCCACACCCGUGGGCCAGGUCCUGCAGGUAUCUGACGGGGACUCAGCACUUGAAUCCUUGACCUUAACACUCGUACAGGAACCAUCUCAAGGUCAUCUGGAAAAAGUUGAUGGUGGACAUAAAGUUGUGUCUCAGAGUGGUGACAUCUUCCAUGUGCACGAGCUAUCUGACUCGACACUUCAGUACGUCCAUUCUGGAUCUGACCAUCCGCUAGUGGACGAGUUCUAUGUGUUGGUCAGUGACGGUGACCACCAGGUGGUAACCACGGUGAAGUUGAGGAUCCUGAAGACUGACAAGUCCGCUCCGUACAUGCUGCCGUCUGCCUCGUGUCACCUCAAUGUCACAGAGGGUGAACUGACUGCACUAACAACUGACAUCCUACAGUUUGGUGAUGAUGAUGAACUAGAUGAGGGGAUUGUCAUAACUCUGUCCAGUAAACCGGUUCAGGGGAGACUACUGCUGAAGAACAAAGUUGUUCCUGUUGGUGGUGGAUUCAGCCAGGAUGACAUUAAUAAUGACAGAGUCAGUUUUAAAGCUGAGGAGGAGAUUGGAAGUCAGCCGAUCACAGAGCUUCUUUACUUCAACGUCAGUGACUCAAGUAGAAAUCUCCUUCCCAACCAAGUUCUGUCUGUAUUCAUCACACCGCAUGAUAACCAGUCACCUGUGGUGGCAGUUGGUCCAGAUAUCAAGGUUGAAGAAGGGGGUGAGGUGCAGCUCACUAGACGUACUAUCCAGGUGCUGGACAUCGACAGCCCACUCAGAAAACUCUUCAUCCACAUAGACACACCACCGAGUUUUGGGGUCAUUCUCAACAAGAAACCUGCAUCUGGAUCGGAAAGAGAACAGCUGAGGUCUGUGACGUCCUUCAGCCUAAACGAUUUGUUCAGCGGUCACAUCUACUACAGCCAGAAGGAUCACCUCAACAAGGAGCCAGCGUGGGACAACGUUCUCUUUCAUGUCUCAGACGGCACCAACGAUUCCCCACCACAGAGAUUAAACAUUUCUAUUGUGCUUGUUAAUGAUGAGCCUCCCCACAUGAUCACAGAGCAGCUGUUUGUUUCCGAGGGAAAGUCCGUUCUGCUCACCAAUGCCUCUAUGUAUGUCGUUGACCUUGACACUCAACCAGCAGAUCUGCUCUUCACUCUCACACUACCACCAACACAAGGAUACCUGAAGAAGAAGGAGUUUACAGCAGAUCAGGCAGUCAUGGCUGAGACGUUGAAGCAAGGUUCUACUUUCUCCUAUCAGGACAUUCUGAACGAACUGAUUCUCUACCACCACAAUGAUGGGGAUGCGAUGACUGAUGUUUUUCACCUGUACAUCAGUGACGGAGACUUCAAUGAAAGCAAGUCUCUCAAUGUGAUCGUGGGACUCGUCAAUGAUGAAACUCCAAGAAUGACAAUCAACCGAGGACUUAGAAUUCAGUCUGGUUCUACAACACCCAUUAAAUCGAGUGACUUGCGAGCAACCGAUAUUGACAGUGACGAUGCGUCAAUCAUCUACACCCUGCGUAAAGACCCAACUGCCGGCCAUCUGCUGUACCACAGUAAGGAACUUCAGUAUGUGCUGUCAGCUCACAGCCAAGCAAAGGCAUUCACACAGGACAGUAUUAACAAAGGCAACAUUUUCUUUGUUCAUGAGGUUGGUGAUGCAACCGGUAACAUCAUCUUCAAGUUCAAGCUGUCUGAUCCCGAGGGCAACGAGCUCAUUGACCAGGAUUUCUUCAUCACUGUCCUCGAGGACCAUUUUCCUCCCAAACAAGUUGCCAACAAAGAGUUCAGCAUCACUGAGGGAAAAAGCAAGAAAAUAACAACAGAUUAUCUGUCGUUUACUGAUAUUGACUCGGAACCAGGCAGUCUUCAAUAUACAGUUCUGAGUGGCCUUCACCUUGGACAUCUGGAGCUAACAAGUCAGCCAGGUGUUCCUGUAAGUGAGUUCACGCAGGCUGACCUGGCAGCUAACAGUCUCCUCUACAUACAUACCAGCCCCAAUGAGACCUACAUGGACAGAUUUGUUUUCAUUGUGUCAGACGGCUCCAAUGAGAUUAUAAAAACAUUCUACAUUAAUAUUUUGCCCGUUGACGACUCCAUUCCACUGGUUAUAAACAGAGGUUUGAAGGUACAAGAGGGUGUCCGCAAACUCAUCACCGAAUUUGACCUUAAAGCUGUAGACUAUGAUACCAAGGAGGACAAGAUUGUCUUCAAAAUUGUACAAACCCCAGUUCAUGGAACCGUAGACCUGUAUUCUGAGAAUGACGUGCACUCGCCGACUUCCGCCUUCACAAUGGAAGACAUCUAUGAGAAUCGAGUUAGCUACAAACACGACGGCACAGAAAACUUUGAGGACAAUUUCUCAUUCACCGUCAGCGAUGGAACAAACAAUGUGUUUGUCAUGCAGCAGGAUGAACCAUCGAAAAUGGCUCCUAUUACAACUCCCCAGUUGAAGACAGUAAGGAAGUUUGAAAUCCGUAUUUUACCCAUGGAUGAUGGGAUGCCUGUCCUGGAAACCAACUUAGGACUACAGUUCCUGGAAUUCACUGGCUCAGAAGUCUCAAACCUCAUCACGAACAGAGAGCUGUUGGCGUCUGACGAAGACUCCCUGGCAGAAAACAUCAUCUUCCUCGUUCAGAAAGCACCCACCCACGGACAGGUGGAAAACGUGGCGAACCCCGGCCGACCUGUCAGAUCCUUCUCACAAGAUGACCUGAACAAUGGAAAGAUACGUUUUGUUCUAACAGCUGGCACUGAUGAGUAUCAAGACAGUUUCACCUUUGACCUAAUGGACGCCAAGCCAAAUGUUGUACCUGGCAAUAUUUUCCAUAUCAUGUGGUCGGUUGUGGACUUUGAGAAACCACAGUUUAAUGUUACUGAAACAGCAGGAGUCAUUCAAGUCCCAGUUGUCCGAAAGGGAAAUUUGAAACAGUACUCAAUUGUGACAUGCAAGACAGUCCCAGGCUUUGCUACUAGUAAAAUGGUCGGUGCCCGCCCAGGACAAAAGGACUUCAUGGUGUAUGAAGCACAGGUCCAGUUUGAUGACUGGCAGGAAAGCAAGCCGUGUUCCAUCAUCAUCAAUGAUGACUCUGUGUUUGAGGGACCUGAAACAUUUUACGUGGAGCUGUCAUCACCGACGUAUGCACUACUUGGAGACAAAGCGAAGACCGCAGUCACUAUUUAUGAUAUUGAAGAUGAACCUGUGAUAAGUUUCAAGAGCAGUGUUUACCAUGUGAACGAAGGAGAUGCAUAUCUAAUGGCAGCCUUGACUCGAACAGGUGACCUCAGUAGUACAGUAUCCGUGAUCUGUUUCACAACGUCACUGACCGCCACUGGCAGCAGCUUGUCUGGUCUCGAAUCAGGUUCUGACUACAUAUCACGGGGCCAGACUAAUUCCUACAGAGUUGUCUUUCCUAAAGGAGUUACCGAGGCUACCUGUGAUGUCAAGUUGAUAGAUGACAGUGAAUAUGAGACUUCAGAGCAGUUUGAUUUAGGACUGAUGGAACCAGCCUUUCCAGCCACACUGGGCCACAUCUCCAAGGCAACUGUCAUUUUGGAAGGCCCUAAUGAUGAGUCAAUGAUUUUCCUGUCACUGCCAUCCUAUUCAUUUGAGGAGUCUGCGGGAAUAGUUGAGGUUGAAAUCUUGCGAAUGGGGUCCGACUUGAGUCACAGCAGCGUGGUGUGGUGCGCCACGCGACUCUCCGACCCCCCCUCAGCGACCCCGGGACAGGAUUAUGUACCAAGUUCUAGCCAGAUCACGUUUGGGCCGGGACAGACCACGGAGAAAUGCCAGUUAACUAUUCUGGAUGAUGAUUUUGAUCCUCGCCGAGAAGGGAACGAGACAUUUGUAGUCUUUUUGAGCUCACCCAUGGGAAGUACUCUGGCAGAGCCGUAUUUUGCCAAUGUUAUCAUUCACGAUGAAUCACUUGACAUUCCGAGGAUGACGUUUGUUCAGGAAGACUACAUUGUUGACGAGAAGAACAAGACUGUGAACCUGACGAUCAUGAGGACGGGGGAUGUCAGUUUUGAGUCGUCUGUCAUCUGCUUCACCAGACAGCGGACGGCCGAGGUGAUGAUGGACUAUGAAGAGAGGAUCCUGGGAGACGUGUCGCGUGUCACCUUUCUACCGGGAGACAGACUGAAGAACUGCACCGUACGGAUUGUGGAUGAUGUUCAGUUUGAACCUGAAGAGACGUUUCUUGUCCGUCUCACACAACCGAAGGGGACAGAUGAAUGUGAGGCAGAGUUGGGACACAUGGACAAGACUACAGUGACUAUCACCAACCACGAUGAUGUGCCCACCAUUCAGUUUGCGGAGUCUGCGUACAGCAUCAAUGAGCCGAGUGAAAUGGAGCAGAUAGCCACGAUGACCACCAAGGUGGUCAGAUCGGGGGAUCUCAACACCACAUCUAGUGUGCGCUGCAGCACGCGCGAUGGGUCGGCCCAGUCGGGCGUCGACUACAACCCCAAGAGUCUCAUUCUGAGGUUUCCACCAGGACUGAAAGAAGUUGAGUUUCCAGUUGACAUUCUCUACAACAGUGAUGUGGAGUGGCAUGAGUCGCUUACCAUCCAACUGGGUCCUGAAGAUCCAGAAGGGGCUAUUUUUGGCCCUACAUCUUCAGCAACAAUUACCAUCCUUGACAACGAGGUGUCUGGGAGCACCAUCCUGCCAGCAUCGCCCACGGUUGUGUCGUUGUUGUACUAUGAUGAUGUGGAGCAGGGUGUCAAAGCCAAGCCCUCUCCUGGUUACCCUUUAAUCUGUGUCACGCCUUGUGAUGUACAUUCGCCAAUUUACCCCAAGACCCAUUCUCUGUGUGAGGAGUCUGGUAUAAACCAGUCACGCAUCCUGUACCACUGGGAAGUGGCUUUGCCGGCAGAUGACGAUGAGUCGCACCCACCGUUUGUACAAGUGUCGGACAGCACUCUGUUCACCAGUAUUGAUAAGAUUGUGCUCGACAGCAUUUACUUCAGGCCACACUUUCAGGUCCGGUGUGUCGCACAACCACUUCACGCAAACGGCAAUCCGGGUGUACCACUAAAGAGUAAGCCAGUCACCAUUGGCAACAGUAAUAGCAUUUGUAACUCGCCAGCAUUUAACAAAAAUAUGCAAGGUUAUCAUGCACAGUCGUUUUUGGCCAAUCUCGAGUACGUUGGUCCCGAUGAUGAUGAUGAUCAUCCCAACACGAUCCACAUCUCUGUUGAGAUUCCUCAUCAAGAUGGACUGCUGCCAUUGAUAUCGACAUUCCCAAUCCACAACCUGCGUCUGCUGCUGUCCGAGCCCAUAUACAGACAGCAGCACGUGUGUUCUAACAUCAUUACAGCUCUGGAGCGCAAACCGUUAAUUGACGAAGGAUUCUUCAGUGGAAAGCUUUCUGACCCACUCCCGUACGGGCCGGGAUUUGACUUCCCGUUUCAGUUUGAGGAGAGCGUGCGAGAGAACCGGACCCUCGCCCUGUACGAGCAUCUCAACCUGAAGAGCUGUACCUGGAGGUUUGAUGCCUGGUAUCACAUGACGGAGCUCGUCGACAUCUGUGGAGGUCGGGUCGUCUCCGAUUUCCAGAUGAAGGACUCCAGCAGGACUCACCUGACGGUCAAGGUGCCGCUGUUUGUGUCCUAUCUGUAUGCCACGGCGCCCGUCGGCUGGGGGUCCCUGGAGCACCGCACUGAGAUGGAGUUCUCGUUCUACUACGACACAAUGAAGUGGCGAAGUGGCCUGGAAACCGAGGGGAAGCUGGGAGGCAAGCUACAGGUUCUCAAGAUUCUCAUCAGAGAGGAUGGCAAACUGGUGAUUAAUUUCAGAACCACAGCCAAGUUUAGAGGGAUGUAUGUGUAUGAACACAGUACGAUGCCUGGUAUAAAGAGCCAUGUUGUACCUCCUGAGGACCUUGCUAUAUCGUUUGACCUAGAACUUGUGUGGAGCCAGCAGACAUUUGAUAGUCCACACCAAAUGUGGAAGGCUACAAGUACCUUUAAUCUUAAGGACUAUACAGGGUUGUAUACUAUAGAGCUGAUUCCAUGCAGUGUUAAAACCACACAGCGAUUUAUCAAUGCUGACCCCAUACCUUGCACCGGACAGCCACUGAAAAGCUUCAAGGUUCCGAUAUCAUUCCAGCAGACAAACCGACCCGUGCCGGUCAUUUAUUCCCUGAACACAGAAUUCCAGCUGACCAAUAACCGCAAGAUGUUUCUCCUUAACCCCACCACAGACCAGGUGACCAGUGAAGACUGGGACUUCAAUGGGGCAUACUCUGAAGGACAAACAAUAUACGGUCGAGUUCUCUGGAAUCAGCAGCAGGAUCUGAAGGAAGCAUACAAGCUGAAUAUUGAAAAGGUUUAUUUGUGCACAGGAGCUAACGGCUACAUUCCAACGUUCGACCCAACUGGUGAGGUCUACAAAGAAGGCCCACAGUUUGGGUGUAUACAGCCCAGUCCAAAACUGAAACACCGCUUCCUCAUUCUGGAUUACCAGAAUUCCGAGGUUACUGAGCGUGACUUCCAUGAUAUUCCGUUUGACGCGGAGUUUGCGUCGGAGAACCCGGAGUAUUCAGCUCUGUCCGACAUGCCAGGCGUGGAUGGGUUCACCAUGAGUGUCGACCCGUUGUACAAGGUGGACUCGGGACAUCAGUGGUACUUACAAGUUGUUUAUAUCAUUGGACCCUCGGACAAGAUCCACGAACGCUUCCGUAGAUCAGCAGUGCUUCACGUGAACAAGCGAGAUGUUUCACUAUCACAGAACGAGCUCCGAAACGGAACCAAUAUGAUAUCACUGCAUUUAGACUACACCCGGCACCAGUCAGAGGAACGCUUUUCUCUGCCCAUAAUGCACAUAGUUAUACCAAUAGGUGCUGGGGUAGCCGUCAUUCUGUUGAUUGUACUCAUUGUAGUGUUUGUAAAAAGACGCAAAAGGAAAAAAGAAAUUGUGACAAAACCAAACAAUUUAGUGACGACUACUGACACUUGUGAUGGAAAUAUUAACAGGUGGUCGUCUCGACGGAGUUUGGAUUCCAAACGCAAUACUCUGAUUAGUGUUCUAGACAAUAAAACUAACGUCAUCAAGGCCAAAGACAUUAACUUGAUGAUUGGAAACAAUUUAGAUGCUGGAACUGAAGUAUGAUGUAUAGGUAAUCUCAGUAACUAACGUUAUCAAGGCCACAGACAUCAACUUGGUGAUUGGAAACAAUUUAGAUGCCGGAAUUGAUGUAUGAUGUAUUGGUAAUUUCAGUUCAUUUCUCAAAAGAAACACUGUCUAUCCUCCAUUUAGCGAUCGUGUGACAGAUUUCCCAUCACACCAUCACUUGGUUGACCAUGCAUCAUGCAAUGAAACCAUGUGAUCGCUGAAUUUCAAUUUGGAUUUCUGAAAUGAUCAUAAUAUCCUAAGGGCCUUGUGAUCUCCCAAAACAUUCUGUCCCACAAGUGAUGCUAUUACAUUGCAUGAUCACUUCAUUUUUGAUCAUUGAAUGGAGAAUGGCAUUGUGAAGGUACACAUCUGGAACAUGGAGAUUACAACCAUCACCCAACUGGCCUGCUGGUGCGAACAAACAUAAAUCAUGUGGUCGACACAGAACUGAAUUUGUGACGUGAACUUUAUUUUAAGCAAUUUGUGAUGCACUAUGUGAAGUUGGUAAACUUCCUCUGAAAAGAUGUGUAGCUCAGUAUUAGCUUUCUUAGUGAGGAGACGCGACAAUCUCGAUAACAAGUCCACACCAACCUACAAGCCGAUUCACCUUGUGUUAUUUACUUCAGUGAUCAUGUGAGAAAUUGAUUUCAGUAUGAUACCUCUCCAACAUCAUUUCAUUGUAAUUUUUCAGGGAUAUUAAUUGCCUCCUGAAUUAUAAUUCUCUUCCUUUGGUGCUGUGACUGAAAUCUUUUUUUUAGCAAUAUAAUUAGUUGGAUCAUUUGUGAUCUGUUGCUUUCUAAUUAUUUAUCAUAAUUAAAAGUAUACUCUAUACGUAAGUAUUUUAAUUGUAACCAUAUUAUCCAGCUCUCAUUUUGUCAUUUGCAGCUCGUGUAGUUCAGAAAAUUGCAUCAAUCCAAAUUACAAUGUAUACCAAAAGAAAAUCAAGUUUUAAAAACAUCUGAUAUGAACAGAUGCCCACAUAUUUUUAGUUAUAUUCGGUACCAUUAGCAAAAAAAAUGUUGACAUGAAUGAAGUUUACAUUUGUUUUCACAAACCAGAAUGCAGACAUCACUUGUGAUGGCUGCAUUAAAUGUUUUAAUAUGAAUGCAAAUAUAAUGUGCCAUUGUUAAUAACUGUCUAUUCUGAAAUGUAAAAUGUUAGUAUUGUUUUAUGUAAUUCAAGUCUUGUAACAUCACUUUUAUUGUCUGGGGCCUAAUUCACUAAACUCUCGCAACUUUGCGAUCUCGCAGUGCAGUGCUAAAUGACUUGCAAAGAGGAUGCUUUGUUGUCUAGCAGAGCCUAAGAGACCUUUGUGAAUUAGGCCCCUGAUCAACAAGUCUGUAAUAAGCAACCACCUGUAAGUGUAAAAUGUUUGACUAAAUUUACAAGUAAAUAUUAGUGGACAGUGCCUGAGUAACAGACUUAGGGAAAUAUUAUCAAAAUAUAUUGGACUACAUUUACACGUUAUAACAAAUGGAAUGAUAAAAAUUAAUUUCAGUGAUAGAAACAUAAUGACCUUUGUAACUUUUCUAAAGUCAUAUAUACAAGUAUUUUAUCCAUGUUUAAGAUUUGCAUGUGUCUAAAAUAAAUUUAUACAUGAUGGUAACCUUUCCUAAAUUUGGCCCAAGGUUUAACUUUGUGAUGUUUAACCUUCUAUUAUUAAAUGUUGUGGUGUGAACAAGUGUUUUUAAAAACAGUUAAAUGAACAGUAUGCAUAAAGAUGUUAUGGUUUCAAAAUAAAUUAAGCCACUAACAAGCUAAUGAAACCAGAUUUUACAUGUAGCCCUAAUUAAUGAUCUGGUAAAAUGUAAUCGAACGUUUGCCGUGAUGUGUCAGUGGUUGCUGUAUAUCACUGUUCAGGUUGCAUAUCUAAUUCUAAUAUUGACUUAUGUAAAUUUAUAAGAUGGGUAAAAAUAAUAUAAAAUCUACUGCCUGCAAGUUUAUUUUAUACAUUCCAAAGUCAAAACAAAUUACUGUUAAUCAUAUUUAUAGCAUUUUUAUAACAACUUUUAAUUUCUCACUCACAAUGCAACUGAUAUAUUUACAUAUGCACAAUAGUAAACAAAUUUGUCAAUAAAAUGUAUUGAUAAGCUGAUUUUUCACUUUUAACUGGUAACAAAUAUUGUGGUGCUUGCUAAGAAUACUUGUUGGUUUCCAAACACAAUGGGAAGAUAAAUAUGUACCAGUCUGAAUACACACUUGAAAGAAGGUAAUUUAUUUCGUACAAUACUGUUCUCCCCUUAGACCGUCUCUACAAAUAACAAAUAAUACUUUCACCAGAGCUUUAAAAAGAAAAUAAUCUCGCAUCAGGUAAAUUUCAACUUUGAUCUUUGUGUAUUUUACAUCCACUGAACCUAAUACGUGACCAAAUAUGUUUACAUUUGAUUGUCAAAAGCUACUUUGAAUGAAAUAUUGAAGUAUUUGUUUACAUAAAACACUGUAAUAAUCAACUUUGUAUUAAAAUUACAUGUUUUUGCCAAUUCAGUAAAAUAAGGAUCACAAACUAAAUUAAGAGCCAGUAAACAUUUUGUUAAUUCUUUGUUAGUGUUCUAUUAAUAGUAUUAUAUCAUGAUAUUAGUUUAACAAGGUUUGAUCAUUGAUGACUUCUCAACUUUGUUUCAGUAUAAUCUUAACAAAACCAUUAUCUGCAGUCAAGACGUAUCUCUGCACAAUGCAGUCGAAUGGGUAUUUGGCAACAUAAUGGUUGAUUCCAUGAAUGGAUAUCUAGUGCCUCGUCUGUAGGACAGCCACUUCCACGGAGAUCCUUAACUGGACAAUACAUCCUUCCUGCCCCGCUCAAAAGAAUUAAAACUAGCACAGGUCAGAACUCAUCGGAAUAAAUAUAAAGCUGUGAUGACUCAUGAAUCAAGUUAAAACAGUGAUAGCAUAUCCUGCCCCACCAGUGGCACCCAUCAUAAGUACUGCCACCACAGGCGUCAGUCUGUCGUUUCAUUUAUGACAAAAAACUGCAAGAGUUUCACCAAAGAGAUAAAAAAUGUAUGCACAAGUUAAAAAUGUGGAAAAGCAUUGUUAGUGAUGCAACGUAUUUAGUAGAUAUCAUAUAGCCUCCAAAAUGCUCUCCGGAUUCCCUGGACAUCAUUAUAAAUACUACUGAAAUGUACUUUCAGCUAGGAUUUGUUGCACGUUGGUUAGUAAUAUUGAUCAUUUUGUUCACUUUAAAUAUAAUUAAGUUUAAGAACAAGCCACAUCGACAUCUUACAAUGGAAGAAACAGUUGGGUUUUUGUUUUUAUAUUUAUAUUUAAAGGAAAAUGCCAAAAAUAUCUUCUAACCUUCAAUUUUGUUGAAUAUAAAAUACAAAUUUAGUAGAUUAACCUGUGAUAUCAGUUACACACAACUCUUUACCUGUAAUAGCUGUUGUGUACAAACAAAUCUCAAGAUGUACACAUUUUUACCAAGAGAAUUAGUGCUGUUUGAUUUAUUGUACAUAUAUGUAAACAAGUGAGAGGUUUGUACAUAAUAUCAUUUGGGUAUUUUAGUCCUGAAUGAACUUAUGUUUAAAAUAUUGACGUUUCUAGGACUGAAAAAUGUGGUCCAAUCAAAAUGAGAAGCCGUGUCUGUGGUUGGACAUUUAUUGUGGUAUUGCCAAUCUUCAAGCUGAAUGUAUUCAUUAGUGUUUUCCCUAGCUUGUUUUAGCAUGGUGUGGCACCAUUCCUCAAUAGUCUAGCACCAUCUUGCCUUAAUCAGCGCCAUACUGCCCUGAGAUUAAACAAGCCUUUUUCAGUAAUUAAU